ACUAUCGGUAAUUUCCCUACAACUCCCAGCAUGCAUCGCGCAAUAUACGUGCGUCCCUGAAAUGUAUUCGCUUGCCGUUGGUGAAGUCAACUGAGCUGGAAAUGCGAGUUGUGUAAUUACUCAUGACAUUUUAAGUUUCUUCAGCAGUCAUUUGUUUUAUUUUUAUGUACAUUUGUUAUAGUGGCAGUUGUUUUUAAUCAUUACAGCAGCGAAAUAAAUUGAAAUAAAACGUAGGAACGUUUGUUCCAAAAUGAUAGUGGUAGUCGGGUGGAAUUCACAGUAGGACCUAAACAUUGACAGAUGGCGUGCUAGCAACGUUCGUAGAAAUGGAGAAAUGAGACAAGUUUAAUUUUUAAAUCUCUCUGGCCUACUAUCUCACAUUUAUAAACGAAACAAGUCAUUUAAAAUCUACGAUGGACAACCUGCAGAGAAGAACGAUUCAGGAAGACAUGGUUCAGUACAAACUCUUCUGGAUCCAGACAGACAGUUCAACUUCACAGCAGACUGAGGAACACCUCAAACAUCUGGUAGAGGAGGUUUUGGCAAAGGUUGCCUCACUUCUGAUACAAUACAUCUGGCAGCAUCAGUCAUUCAACCUCAAGUAUCAUCCUGAGAAAGCUGGUGUACCUGCGCAUAUUGGAGGGAGCACUCAGUUUGGGGACAACGUGGAGGACGAGUGGUUUGUUGUUUAUCUUUUGCAGCAAAUCACAGAAGCCUUCCCGGAGCUCAUAGCCAGGGUUGAGGACAACGAUGGCGAGUUUCUUCUCAUUGAAGCAGCAGAUUAUCUUCCAAAGUGGCUGAAUCCAGACACCAGUGAAAACAGGGUCUUUCUCUACAAGGGGGAAUUGCAUAUUCUGCCAUGUCCCUCAAAAUCCAGUCCAGUGGGGGUCUCAAAAGAUGUGGUACCAAGUGUGGAACAAGCUACAUCAAUGCUCUCCACCCAUCCAGGGGCCUGUCUGGCAAGCCCCAAGAUACGUUCAGCCCUGAAGAAGCGGUUAGAGGGGUACCCAGAGAAGAUUAAAGCUGACCUGCAUCGUGCCCACUGCUUCAUACCUUCAGCUAUCGCCACGGUGUUGGCACAACGACCAGACCUGGUCGCCCCGGCAGUGUUGGCGUUCUACCUGCGGGAUCCGGUAGAUCUGCAGGCGUGUCGAAGCUUCAAGACCUUUCCACCCGACACAAGAGUCCUCACCUCGGUGACGUUCACCCGAUGCCUGUAUGCCCAGCUGCAGCAGCAGCAGUUCACUCCAGACAGGAGGAGCGGCUUCACGCUGCAUCCUCACACCCAUCCCCAGUACAAAUCCCAUGAGCUCGGCAUGAAACUGGCCCAUGGCUUUGAGAUCCUCUGCUGUAAGUGCAGACUUCCGUCAUCAGAGCCGGACGCCCCUGUCAGUUGUAACCCUCAGUGGAAAGGCUUCAUGGACAGUCUGAAAGCUAACGGCUACUUCCAGGAAGAACUUGAAGGUUCGGCUCAUUACAGAGAAUUGACAAGAUCUGCGGAAAAUUUCUUCAAACAGUCUGUCGCCUCAAAAUCAAGUGCUUCGUCCCCGGGGGAGGAGGUUCUCCAGCUGCUGCACAGCUGCAGUCCGAUCGACUUUGAGGAGCUGAAGAAACAAGAGGCACGGCUCCCACAAGAGGACAGUGACAGCUGGCUGGAUAUCACAACUCAGGAUCUGGAGCGUAUGUUGCAGGAGAGGAAUGUGGGGAGAGCUGAUGUUGGCAGUCGAAACUCCAAUUCUACCAAACAGGGGACGCAAAAUGUCGGGGGUGUAGAGGAGGGGAGAAAGGAGACGGAGGAUGACAAGAAGGAAGAGGAGGCCGGCUACAGCCUGGUAGCAGUCAGUCAAGGGAUGAAGGACUUCCUAAACGCCAUGUCGUCGCAUGAAGGUGCUGAACUUCCCUGGAGCAGUUCAACUCAGCCUUUUAGUUUAGAGCCUGACUCCAUGGCCAAAGCACUGGACAGACUACUCGGAAGCAAUGAAGAGCUAGAUUCAGAUGAUCUAGACGACGACGAUGAUGAUGAUGAUGAUGAUGAUGAAGAGGGUGAGGAGGAAGAGGAAGAGAAAGAAGGUCACACAGAUAUGAACGGGACCGAAACUUUGGACGGUCUCAAAAAAUACAUGGAUGAAAUGGAUCAGGAGCUGAUGAGCACUAAUAUAGGACAAAGCUUCAAUCUGACGAAAUACAACAAGGUGGACUUGGACAAUGGCUCCUCUGCUUCUCCCCAUGGAGGGGAGAGGGAAGAGACGGGAGAGGAGGAGAUCCAGCCACUGGACGUCGACCUGAAUCUGGUCACAAACCUGCUGGAGUCCCUCAGCUGCCAGUCAGGCCUCGCUGGACCAGCAUCCAACCUGCUGCAGAGUCUUGGUAUUCACCUACCACCCAACUCGGACCCAUCGUAAAGAGGAAGCAGACGGGGAACGGAAACAUGCUGCAAGGAUCAGCACGUGCAGUUAAUAAGACUACAAUACAGUGGUGAGCUAAAUGCCUUCUUUAACAUUGGGAAUACAAAUAUGUGAAGGAUGUCCUGUAGAGCGAAAACCACAGUUUUCAUCCAAGUAGAAGGGACGAAUGACCCACCAAAUCAUUUUGUGAAAUUAAAUUAGUAAUUGUUUCAAGAAAGCACAAUUGAGAUAUAAUGUGCCGAGGCAGGAAGAAGCAGAACACCAGCUUCAGAAAAAGUGAUCAGAGCAAGUUCUGAUGUUUCAAUUUAAUCAUGUUUAUUGAGAAUUUCUAAUACGUGAAGUUUUCUGUAAUGUUUGUUUGUAUUUUGAAAGCAUUUUACAUUUGUAUGUAAGAAACAAUAAAUAUUUUUGAAAAUAAA